AGAAGAAGCUUUAACACCAACUCUUUUGCCUGGUCAGGUCAGUUUGGAUUCAGCUCUGUGCAGUGUAGAGGCCAAUCAGGAAACAUGUUGCCGAAAGUUGUAGCCGUAGUCGUAGUCUUUCUGGUGGCUUUUGCCAGCGGUGUCCAGAAAUUGGAGACUGUCUUCGAAUGGAAAGAAGUCGAAUUUGCUUGGCCCAGUGAGGAAGCCAAAGCCAACGCUAUCAAAGAGGGGCACUACAUUCCCGCUAAUAAUUUGCCCCUUGGUUUGGAUAGAUGGAAGGACAAACUUUUCAUCACUAUUCCAAAGUGGAAAGCUGGAGUAGCAUCAACCCUAAACUACGUUUCCUUAAACAAUCAAAACAACAAAUCUCCUCAGUUAAUUCCCUAUCCUGACUGGCAAUCCAACACCAUUUCCAAAGAGAACAUAAAGAAAGGAAUUGAAGACAAUCAAAUUGUGUCGACAUUUAGAUUACGCGUGGACCCAUGCGACAGACUUUGGGUGAUGGACACCGGUCUGGAAGAUAUGCUUGGAUCUCGUAGACGAGUAGCUAAACCUGCCCUUGUGGUUUUUGAUCUCAACACUGACAAACUGUUGAGGAGAAUUCCUUUGAAGGAUUCUGUAGUCAAGGAAAAUUCUGCCUUUGCCAAUGUGAUUGUUGAUGUAGAUGUUGAUAAGUGCGAGAAAGCAUUCGUGUAUCUUACCGAUCCCGCACGUCCCGGCAUCGUCGUGUAUUCCUGGGAAAAAAACGAUUUCUGGAGAGCAAAACACAACUUUUUCUACACUGAUCCUCUUAAGGGCGAUUACCAUACUUUGUAUUUCCACCCCUUGGCUUCAAACCGCGAGUUUUCGGUUUCUUCUCGAGUUUUGCAAAAUGAAACGCUUGCUACUGACCUUAACUCGUACCAUCUAUACACUAUGGUAGGCGAUAGAGGAGACAAAACCCAAAGUUCAACAUCAUUUUUCGAUGAAAAAACCAACGUUCUUUUCCUAACUCAACUCCAGAGGGACGGUUUUGCUUGCUGGAAUCCAAAGAAAAAACUUAACUCUGAGAAUCUUGAAUUAAUUGCCUCAGAUAAGAAUGAAAUGAUCUUUACCAACGAAUUGAAGAUUGAUGGAGAAAGAAAUCUCUGGAUUUUUCCUGACCGAAUGCCUGUUUUUCUCUAUGGAACUAUGGAUCCAAACCAAAUCAAUUACAGAAUAUUUAAAACUAAAGUGGAUGAUAUUAUUGCUGGAACCAAAUGUGUAGUUUAGACAAAUUACGUAUAUUAUUGUAUAUUUUAAUAUGUCAGUUAAAUAAUAGUAUAUUGCAUUUAACUUAAAUUGCCAACGACUUUCUAUAAAUUAAUAAAUAAAAGUACUUUCAAGUUUUCUUAAUUUUCGCACACCCUGUUCAUUCAAUUUUUUCAUGGAACUUUAGAGGUAUAUAAAAGUGAUAUAAAUAUUUUGUAACUAUUUUAAGAAAUUUGGCUUUUAUAAUUUGGGUAAUAUAAAAUUUAUGCAAACCACUAUAAAACAAAAAUGUUUAUUGGGAUACGUUGUUUUUAAGUUGGUAUGCUAACGUUAAUUGUAUGUUGCUUUUAUGUUAGUUAUAUGUUGUUUUUUAAUAAAAAAUGGUUAUGUUAUA